AUGGCUCUCAAUAAUACAGUCUGCGUCCUUUACCUUCUCUCCUUCCUUGAUCGCUCAAAUACGGCGAACGCACGUUUAGAAGGCCUCACUGACGACCUCCAUAUGACCGGGAAUCAAUACAAUACCGGCCUGACCAUGUUCUUCGUCGGCUACAUCCUCCUCGAAGUCAUCUGGAACGUCAUACUCAAGAGGAUCGGCCCCAAGCUCUGGUUACCCAUCGUGACUCUCGCAUUCGGCAUCGUGUCCACAUUGCAAGGUGUGGUGCAGUACUACGGGGGCUCGUCCGGUGUUGCAGGUUUCUUGGUCGUGAGAUUCUUCCUUGGUAUUGCGGAAGGCGGACUCUUUCCUGGAGUCGUCUUCUAUCUGUCUAUGUGGUACAAACGAGCAGAGAGACAGUACCGCGUUGCGUUGUUCUUUGCCAUGGCGUCGUUGGCUGGUGCUUUUGGCGGAAUCUUAGCCUAUGGCAUUGGAUUUAUGAGGGGCGUUGGUGGAUACAGCGGAUGGCGAUGGAUCUUCAUUAUUGAAGGACUUCUGACUUGCGUCCUUGCUGUGGCGGCCUUUUGGUACACUGCCGACUGGCCCUCCAAGGCGAAAUUCCUCAGCGAGGACGAGAGGGCUGCGGUCAAUCACCGUCUGAAAGACGACAGCGAUGCUACUCAGCAUGAGGGUUUCACUUGGGCCAACGUCUUGGAGGCUAUUAAGGAUCCAAAGGUUUGGCUGUACAACUUGGUGUUCCACACGCUGAGUUUGCCCCUGUACACCCUGUCACUGUUCUUGCCAUCCAUCAUCAAGGCUCUAGGCUACUCGUCCUGGGAAGCCCAACUGCUCAGCGUCCCACCGUACGCCCUCGCCACGAUCCUGACUGUCGGCUACGCAAUCGUCUCCGAACGAGUCGGUAUCCGCUCCCCUUUUAUCAUCGCCUCAUCCCUCAUCGCAAUCAUUGGCUACUGCAUCCUCCUCGGCAACACCGAUCCCACCAAGAAGCCUGGCGUGAGCUACGUUGGUGUCUUCUUCGCCGCCGCAGGAAUCUACCCAUCCGUCGCCCUCGGACUCAGCUGGCCAGCCAUGAACGUCAGUGGCCAGACGAAGCGUGCAGCGGCCAACGGCAUGCAAAUCACGAUUGGUAACCUUGGUGCUGUGAUUGGAACGCAGUUGUAUCGUGAUAACGAUGGACCGCGAUAUGUGGUUGGACAUGCUGUCGCUUUGGGAUACCUCGUUGGCAAUAUUGUGGUCGUUAGUAUCAUCUGGGUGUAUUUGACCAAAAUCAACAAGCAGAGAGAUGAGAAGGCUGCGCAGACCCCUGAGGUGCUUGAGGGAGAAUGGCAGGGGGAUAAUGAUCCGAGAUGGAGGUUUAGGGUGUAG